CUUCUUCCUCUUCCUCAUUAUGUUCAUACAUCUUGAUCAGAACCGUUCAAUAAUAAUCGAUGGCUGCGAUGGUCAUCAUCAUCAAGAAUUAUAAUAAGCGAUUCGGGGUUGUUCCGGGUUGUCGGUUAUGACCAUGGUUCCUGCCCAAACCCUCUCCAAACAUCAUCAGUUAUACUGUGGCGGUUAUGGUGGCAGUUACACGGAAGAAGAAACGGCGGCUGGCUUAUUAGAAGGAUCUGAUCUAGUGGUCGUGUCGGCGGCUCAUAAUCCAAUGGCGGAAGAUGAAUCAAGAACAACCAUAUUAACUAAUACCACCGGCGCUAGUCUUAACAAUAACGAAGCUGCGGCUUCAAGCUCUAAAGACGCCGGAGCCGAAGAAGAUGACAGCUGGCUCCAGCUCAGCAUAGGCGGCUCUGCCAAAACUAACACUCAUGCGGGCGUAGGUUUAGUAGAGCUUGAUCUGUUACCUCCCUCCGGUAGCGAGGGCGAAAGAGUCAUUUCACAAGAGAAUACAAGAGUACUGGCGGUGGCUACACCAAUUUUUCACGUGCCGCGGCCUUUGCCGCGGCCUGUCCCGUCUUUUUUGUUUCAGACAGCGGCGGGGAGUAGUUCGAGCACGGUUGUUCUUCCUCAUCCUCAUUAUCGUCAAGAGAAUAUUGAUUGGACAUUUAGGCCUGCAGUGUUGAGUAUAGGGACGAAUUCAUUGUCGUCACCAACUUCAUGUAAUCAGCCGUCCACGUUUAUGCAAUUGGGUUCGUAUUUUUCUCGAACACCAUUUCAAUUUCUCGGUGGUGGUGGUUGUGGUGGUGGAUCGAGUUUGGAUUUUAGAGUUAUUGAUCCUCCCAGGAGACCCUAUUCUGGCAUUUGGUUUUCGCUUCAAGCCUCACAAAACCAAGCUAAAGAACCCUUCUUGCCUCAAAUACCAAAUAGCUAUCUAAGAAUCAGGGAUGGAAGGAUGACAGUUCGUUUAGUAAUGAAAUAUCUGGCUAACAAGCUGAGAUUGGAUAGCGAAUCAGAGAUAGAGAUAAUAUGUAGAGGACAACAACUUGUACCUUUCUUGACGCUUCAGCACGUACGAGAUAAUAUAUGGAAUCCAAGAGACACAUUUACAUUGCUUCCAAAUUCAUCAACUACACAUCAUCUGAUGGUGCUUCAAUAUGGUAGAAUUUCUUAAUCUAUCCUCCAAAAAAAAUACUAAUAAUCUUAAUCCCCAUAAUUUAUUUGUCUUCUCAUUAAUUAAUUUACAUGUAUUAUUAUUCGCUAACUUAUCAAAAACCACCUCUUUUUUAGUUAUAUUUUUAAUUUCUAAUGGGUUUGUUAAUUUAUUUAUUUUUUGCCUUUCUUUUUAUUGACUUCUCCAAUUGAUGAUGGAGAAAGAAGAAUAUGGGUUAGGCCCCAAAAUUAUGCUUAUGGUUUUUGGGGUUGACACCUUAAACCAUGUAUAUCAUGUAUGAUGUAACCUCAACAUAUGAGGGUUUGAUAUUUAAAUUAUAGUCACUUUAUUGA